AUGCUGCUGUAUCUCACUUUCAUCGAUUUGAAGAAACCCUUUGAUACAGUAGAGACCGAAGCGUAUGGAGUAUGUAUGGAUGGUGUCAUAAUCGAAAAGAAGAGAAGGGUUCCUCAGCGUGACACAAUUUCACCCGACACGUUAGAUGCCACUCUCGAGAACGCGAUGCGAGGAUUGGAAUGGGAAAAUAUGGGAAUGAAAGUUGACGGCGGACAUUCACACCAUCUUCGUUUUGCGGCUGACAUCCUUCUUAUAACAUCAAGCAUCAACCAGGAGGAAGGUAAAUGUUCACGAAGAACGGAUGGGUUUCUGAUUAUUCACUCAUGCUCGACGGAAAAAUAUAUCCGAAUGCUCCAACUGUGUGCAUCUAAUGCGAGAAAUCAACAUGAUGAACGACCUGACCUCCGAGCUGAGCAGAAGGAAACGAGCGGUUUGUGGAGCAUUCAAGAGCAUCGAGGAUGUAGUGAAGUGGACUAA